AUGGAAUUUUUGGUGUGUGCGCGCAGGGUUCAGGUGGUUGGGUGGCCGCCGGUGGGGGCGUACCGGAAGAGCACGUUCCAGUCGGCGUCGGCGGCGAAGGAGAGUAAAGUCGCCGGCGAGGCCGGGAAGAGAGGGGGGCUGUACGUGAAGGUGAGCAUGGACGGGGCGCCCUACCUGCGCAAGGUGGACCUGCGGACGUACGGGGGGUACGGGGAGCUGCGGGCCGCGCUGGACGCCCGAUUCGGCUGCUUCUCCUCCUGCUCCGGCUCCUCGCCGGACAACGGCCAGUUCGCCAUGGCCUACGAGGACAAGGACGGCGACCUCAUGCUCGCCGGCGACGUCCCGUGGGAGUAA